AUGGGCAGACUGGAAACAAAAAGUAGGCUGGCUCAGAUCGGUGUUGUUACAGAUGGUAAAUGUAUGUUUUGCAGGAAAGAGGAGUCUCAAGAGCAUCUCUUCUUUGCGUGUGAGUUUACUGGUGAAAUCUGGAGGAAAAUGCUGACCUGGAUUGGUAUUUUCAGGAAGCUUCAGGACUGGAAGAUUGAGAAGGCAUGGUUAUGUGUGGAAACCUCGAAAAAAGGUUGGAAUAGGCUCAUCCUUAAGGCUGUUAUUGCAGAAAAGAUAUAUGCUAUUUGGACAUUACGAAAUGAUAUCAUCUUCAAGAACCAAAGCAUGGAUGAUGAUCUGCAACACAAGAUUAAAGUUAAUGUUGUUACUAGAUGUAGUGUGAUUACUAAGCUCUCUAACCAUGUUAAUCUAGAGGAGCUUUCAUUAGUUAGCCUAGUCCUAUUGCUUUUGUUGUUUUGA